UUCAAAAUCUGUUAUAGCGUGAGCAAUUUAGAUCCGAUCCGAUAUGAAGAAGAUGUCGUCUCUUCCCCAAAAAUAAAAUUGGUGUAAGUUCUCUGCGAUCUUUGAUUUAUUAUUGAUUCAUUGCUUUGAUUUCGCAUUUUCUGAUUCGUAAAAAUUGGGUUGAUCUAUGGAUAUGGAAUCUGGAAAAUUGGAACAAAUCGUUUGCCAGUUCCUUUUGAAGAGUCUGCACAUAGUUUUGGAGUCGAGAGUUGCCUCUCAUGAUCGUACCAGUGCGUCUAGUUGUCGGGUGAGGAAGAGCGACAAAUGGUUCAAUCUAGUUCUAGGACAUGGUUUGGCUACUUUAGAUAGCUUCAACUUCUGGCAAACAAAUCCAAUGGAGCCUAUGAUUAUCGACAUUAUACUUGUUUCUCAUGCCUCUGCUGUCGAGACAGUCAUUGAGAGGUGGGUUGUUCACUACAAAACCCCCCAUUUUACGCCUUCCGAAACCAAUCCCUCUUACAAGAAGACUUAUAAGAAGUCGAUUAUACUUCUGCGUACUCUUUUUUCGCAUACGAGACUUCUUCCAGCUUUUCGCAUCUUUCGUCAGCUUAGCUCGUCUACUCAAACUUGUAAUUUCGAUCUCAUUUAUAAGGUUUCUUCGUUUUGUGAUCCCUUCUCUAGGUCCGACCAGGAUAGAAUGAAAGAGUAUAGUUUUGUCCCCGUAGAGGCCCAUCCCGGCCAUCUUUCUAUAUCUCUCACUUAUCUUCCGUCCCUCUCUCAUUUUAACCUUCAGUCUUUGGCAACUUUUCCGCCGAAGAUUAUAACAGAUUAUGUUGGUAGCCCUAGGACCGAUCCGGAGAAGGGAGCAUCCUUCCCGUUGAGAGGGAUACGUCUACCCAAUUCUACACCCUUUCAGAGGCCGCAUAGCUGGACGAGUGGCUUCCACAAACCUUCUCCGUCUGUGUUGAACCAACGAUCUCCUCCGGCUUCUCGCACAUGCCAACUUCCUAUGGAUGCUUUUGGUCGUAGAGUUCAAGUUUCUGAUGAAUUUCAGCUUUCACCUCCGUUCUCACCAUCUAUGUCCCCUUCCGCACCAACUUAUAUCCCUAAUAUUAAUCCUCUACGCACUUGUACUACUUUUGAAACUGCACCUGUAACCAUACCUAUUUCAGUGACAGGCAGAAGUCCUAGAUAUGUUUCUCCAAAUUUUUCUGACCCGACUAGAAAUUUACUUCCACCUUUAUCUCCAAGAAGCACAAGGUGUGAUCCCUCAUCACAGGAGUCUCCAUCUGGAAUCCGGUUCAUCAAGAAAGUGGGAACUACGAGGACUGCAGAGUCGAACUCUGGCAUAACAAAUUUUUAUUCUGGUCAUAAGAUUUCAAAAGAUAGCAAAGAUGAUUCAGGACGCUUUUCAGGAUUGUUAUCUUCCAGUGGCUCACCGCGUAUAGGAUUUUCUACAAGUUCUAGUAGAUUAUCAUUCCAGGAUGAUUUAGAUGAUGGGGACUUCUCAUGUCCUUUUGAUGUUGAUGAUGUUGAUAUGUCAGACUCACUUACCAGUCAGAAUGUUGAUGGAAAAAGGAAUAUGGAUUCUAGUCCUCACUCACUGCUAAUUGGGAAAAGAUCUCAAGAUGCUGCUGUUGGUGUUCUUGUGCACAUGCUGAGGACGGCACCUCCUUUACGUCAAGAUUCAAGUUGUUACUCGUCGAGUGAUUUAGACGUAGGGGUUGCCACCGACUCUGGGUUCUUUAUUCCCCGGAAGACAGCAGAUGCAAUGGAAGAGCUCAGGAGCUACAGGGAAAUGAAGGAUCUGUUACUAACUAAGAGCGGAACUCGGGUAGUCAAUAAAGAAGCGUAAAAAUGCUGCUUGUAGAGGCUUGGCUCCUGAGGGAAGAUUUGUACAGUAAAUAUGAUUUUUUUUAUAGGUACAGUAAAUAUGAUUUGAUAACCCAAUAUUAUUUUGUGAACGAUGAAUAUACUGUUGUUAUUUUCAUUACUAAUACUUAAAAACCGCAAAUGUGUGCUCUGUA